GUGAAAAUUAAACGUCAAGAAACUGUUUACCUUCAUAGAAUCAUACAUUAAACAGCUGAUUUCAAGUUCUUAUUUUCUAAUGCAGUGUAGUAAACAAAUGGUUUAGAUAUAAUGCGAAUAUGUAUGGUCACGGAUUUCUUUUAUCCAAGUAUAGGCGGUGUAGAGGAACAUGUUUUCAAUUUAUCUCAAAUUUUAUUAACCCACGGACAUAAAGUCAUUAUAUUAACACACUCGUAUGGCAAUUGCAAAGGCAUUCGUUACUUAACAAAUGGUUUAAAAGUUUAUUAUUUACCAAUUAAGCCAUUUUACAAUCAAUGCAUACUGCCAACAAUACUAUGUCAAAUACCUCUAAUACGGUGUGUGCUACUAAGAGAAAGCAUAGAAGUUGUACAUGGGCACUCUGCAUUUAGCACAUUGGCACAUGAAGCAAUGAUUAUAGGUAACAUGCUAGGUUUAAGGACAGUUUUCACGGAUCAUAGCCUUUUUGGCUUUGCUGAUUUAUCGGCCGUUUUUACUAAUAAAAUGUUGCAGAUUAAUUUGGCAAAUGUAAAUCACUGCAUCUGUGUCUCUCAUAUUGGUAAAGAGAAUACUGUGUUGCGUGCACGCAUACCGAAAGAAAAUGUUUCUGUCAUACCAAAUGCUGUCGACACUGCCUUAUUUACACCAAAUCCAAGUAAACGACCUACAGACGGUACAAUUAACAUUGUCGUUGCCUCGCGUCUUGUUUACCGUAAGGGAAUCGAUUUGUUAGCCGGUGUCAUUCCACGUUUUAGACACACGCCUAAUGUAAAUUUUAUUAUAGUAGGCGAUGGACCAAAACGGGAUCUACUCGAAGAGAUACGAGAAAAGGCCAAUAUGCAAGAUCGCGUUGAAUUAAUAGGAGCAGUAGAACAUUCUCAAGUUCGCGACAUUCUUGUACGUGGGCAUAUUUUUGUAAAUACAUCGCUUACUGAAGCGUAUUGCAUGGCUAUAGUAGAAGCAGCUUCAUGUGGUCUACAAGUAGUGUCCACCCGUGUGGGUGGUAUUCCCGAAGUAUUGCCAUCAAAUUUAAUCAUACUUACGGAUCCUGAAAUUGAUUCUGUUUACCAAGGAGUACUCAAAGCUCUUGCGCGCUACACACAGUUUUGUAAAAAACAAAAGAUAUACCCAGUCGAAACCAGUAUUGAAAAAAGUGGCAUGUUUUAUAGUAAUGGCGUUUCGAUCGGCAAUGGCACAAGUUCAACUACAAAAACAAAUAAACGGAAGAAUAAUAAAAAAUAUACAAAUUCAAACUUAAAUAAACAAAAAGAACCAAAAAGUAUUGGAGAUUUCGAAAACCAUGAAGACGAUGCCGUUCUUUGUCCAUAUAGAUGUAACGAAAUUGUGUCAACGUUAUACAAUUGGGACAAUGUUACACAACGUACCGAAAAAGUAUAUAAGCGUAUUUUAGCCGAAUCUGAGAAAUCACUUGGGGAAUUACUUUACGGUUAUCUGCGCAGUAAAGUCUGGCCAUUCCUUUUGGUGAUAUCUAUGGCCCAUGUUAUACUAUUAUUUUUGGAAUAUUUACGUCCACGUCGAUAUAUGGAAAAAGCCAAAGAACUGACACUCUUGAGAAAACAGUAAACUAUACUUAUUUUAGAUUAUGAAUAUAUACAGUUCAGUUAAAAUUUAAACUAUUACAAAUACAAUGUAUUUUUAUAAGUAAUAAUAAGCCAUUUGCUGGGUGCAUUUUA